GCCGCGGCGGCGGCGGGAGGUGGGGCGAGGCAAGGCUUGCUGAGGCGAGGCGGCGGCCGGGCCGGACCGGGCCACAGGCGGUGGUGGCGGGACCAUGGAGGCGGCGGCCGCUGCUCCGCGUCCCCGGCUGCUCCUCUUCGUGCUGGCGGCGGCGGCGACGCUGGUCCCGGGGACGACGGCAUUACAGUGUUUUUGCCACCUUUGUACAAAAGACAAUUUCACUUGUGUGACAGAUGGGCUCUGCUUUGUCUCUGUCACAGAGACCACCGACAAAGUUAUACACAAUAGCAUGUGUAUAGCUGAAAUUGACCUAAUUCCUCGAGACAGACCAUUUGUAUGUGCACCGUCUUCAAAAACUGGGUCUGUUUCUACAACCUAUUGCUGCAACCAGGACCAUUGCAAUAAAAUAGAACUCCCAACAGUUGGCCCUUUUUCAGGAAAGCCAUCAUCUGGCCUUGGUCCCGUUGAACUGGCAGCUGUCAUUGCUGGACCAGUCUGCUUCGUCUGCAUCUCACUCAUGUUGAUGGUUUAUAUCUGCCAUAACCGUACUGUGAUUCACCAUCGAGUGCCAAAUGAAGAGGAUCCUUCCUUAGAUCGCCCUUUUAUUUCGGAGGGCACUACAUUAAAAGAUUUAAUUUAUGAUAUGACGACAUCAGGUUCUGGAUCAGGUUUACCAUUGCUUGUUCAGAGAACAAUUGCAAGAACUAUUGUGUUACAAGAAAGUAUUGGCAAAGGUCGAUUUGGAGAAGUUUGGCGGGGAAAGUGGAGAGGAGAAGAAGUUGCUGUUAAAAUAUUCUCCUCUAGAGAAGAGCGCUCAUGGUUCCGUGAGGCAGAGAUUUAUCAGACCGUAAUGUUACGUCAUGAAAACAUCCUGGGAUUUAUAGCAGCAGACAAUAAAGACAAUGGUACAUGGACUCAGCUCUGGUUGGUGUCAGAUUAUCAUGAGCAUGGAUCCCUUUUUGAUUAUUUGAACAGAUAUACAGUUACUGUGGAAGGAAUGAUAAAACUUGCUUUGUCCACAGCAAGCGGACUUGCCCAUCUCCACAUGGAGAUUGUUGGUACCCAAGGGAAACCAGCCAUUGCUCAUAGAGAUUUGAAAUCCAAGAAUAUCUUGGUAAAGAAGAAUGGAACUUGCUGUAUUGCAGACUUAGGACUGGCAGUGAGACACGAUUCAGCCACAGAUACAAUAGAUAUUGCUCCAAAUCACAGAGUGGGAACAAAAAGGUACAUGGCCCCUGAAGUUCUAGAUGAUUCCAUAAAUAUGAAACACUUUGAAUCCUUCAAACGUGCCGACAUCUAUGCAAUGGGCUUAGUAUUCUGGGAAAUAGCUCGACGAUGUUCCAUUGGUGGAAUUCAUGAAGAUUACCAGCUGCCUUAUUAUGAUCUCGUACCUUCUGAUCCAUCAGUUGAAGAAAUGAGAAAAGUUGUUUGUGAACAGAAGUUAAGGCCAAAUAUUCCAAACAGAUGGCAGAGUUGUGAAGCCUUGAGAGUAAUGGCUAAAAUUAUGAGAGAAUGUUGGUAUGCCAAUGGAGCAGCAAGGCUUACGGCUUUGCGUAUUAAGAAAACACUGUCACAACUCAGUCAACAGGAAGGCAUCAAAAUGUAGUUCUGCAGCUUUGCCUGAACUCUACUUUUCCUUCGGAUCUGCUCCUGGGUUUUAAUUUGGGAGGUCAAUUGUUCUAUCUCACUGAGAGGGAAUAGAAGGAUAUUGCUUCCUUUUGCAACAGUGUAAUAAGGUCAACGGAAACUCCCCAGGAUUUCUUUGGACCCAGGGUCCUUUCUGUGCACUAUGAACACUUCUUUCCCAGGACAGUUACAAAAUGUUGUGUAGUCUACCUUUAUUUUUUAUUAACACAAAACUUGGGUUUUUGUUUUUUGUUUUUUGUUUUUUAAAGAUGAUUGCUGGUCUUAACUUUAGAUUAACUCUGCUGUGCUGAAGAUCAUCUUUAAGGGUAAAGGAGCUGGAUUGUUGAGUUAUACGAAACAUUUCUUAUUUUUAAAGAAAGUGAUUUAUUCCUGGUUAGUACAUUCUCAGAGGAUUCUGAACCACUAAAGAGUUUCCUUGAUUCAGACUUUGAAUGUACUGUUCUAUAAUUUUCAGGAUCUUAAAACUAACACUUAUAAAACUCUUAUCUUGAGUCUAAAAAUGACCUCAUAUAGUAGUGAGGAACAUAAUUUAUGCAAUUGUAUUUUGUAUACUAUUACUGUUCUUUCACAUAUUCAGAACAUUACAUGCCUUCAAAAUGGGAUUGUACUAUACCAGUAAGUGCCGCUUCUGUGUCUUUCUAAUGGAAAUAAGUAGAAUUGCUUACAGUCUGUGUGUCUUAAAAGCUGUAGUAUUUUAAUUCAAAAAGUUUAUUUAUCUGGGUAACCCAGACAUUUUCUGUUUUGUUUUUUGGAAGGGUUUUUUUUGUAGUAUGUCAUUUGGUAUUCCAUUUUGAAAAUGCCUUUCUUCUACCAAAAUGUGCUUAAACCACUAAAGAAAUGAAGUGGCAUUAAUUGGUAAAUGUUAUCAUGGUCAUUUUUGAAUAUUCUCACAUCAAGUUUUUGCAUCUAAAUUAUGUUGUCUGUAAGUAUACCUUAAAAAAA